GGGCUCCGCGCCCCGCUGCCGGAGUUGGCCGGGAUUUCUUCGGCUAUGAUUCGGUGGAUUUGGGGGGGUGUGAUUUUGUUUUGUUUUUGUUUGUUUUUUCCUGUCCCCUUUUUGCCGGUGAGGGGGCACCGCCAGGCCGCAGCUCGGAGCCCCCCUGCCCUGCCCCGCUCCUCCGGGGGCUGCGGCCGGGGCACAGCCGGGGGCACGGAGCCGCCCGCCCCGCUCCAGCCUCUGCCCAACUCUCCGCUUCGCCGGGGCGUUGAUUUCUCCCAAAACGGGAUCGGGAGAUUUCGGGAAACUCGGCCUUUGGAACAUUGCAUCCACUUUUUUUUUUUUUUUUUUCCUCAGGAGGGGGUGACUUUCUCUUUUGUUUUAGCAGCUUCCCAAAGCCAGCCCACAACUGUCUGCUUAUUAUAUUUUUUUUUUCUUCCCUCUGUCUUGUCUCCGGGAUGAGGGUGAAAGCAGAAGGCACGGAUAUUGUCCCCUCUUUGCUAGGAAUAAAACUUGAAAGUGGAGCUGGGACGUGCUGAGGAGCUCCACCUGCCUGGCUCUGGGGGUCCCUCUGCCCCCUCCUGCUGGAGGGCAUCACCCUCGUCCCCGCCUCCUUGGGCUCCCCAGGCACCUCCCCAGUGGAGCAUCCCCACCCUAAGGGCAGGAGCUCACCAGGGCCCUGGCGUACAGGGGGAAGCCAGAAAAAGUUUGUUGGGGGAUUGGAAAGUGGAGAAAAAGCUUGGGGAAAAAGCUUCCAAAGAAGCAGGGCUGGAAGAAAGAGGGAGACUUGCUGGGUGAGGAGGCUCCAGCAGCUCUUGCCAGCAGUGCUGGAGCAGUGGGCAGUGCUGGGGGGGGGGGGGGGGCACACAGAACCCUGUGGGGCUGCACCUCUGCCCACAGCAAAGCUGGGGACACAGCAUGAGGAUGUCAGUGAGGCAGAGCCGGAACCUCCUAUGUGACUGUUGUGUCCCACCUUGACUCAGAUGUGCAGGUGCCAGCAUCCCAGUUUGGGAAGUUUUAGUACAUCCUAUACAGGAGAAGUGACAGAACUCCAACAAAGUCCCUUUCUAACAUGAGGCUGAAAACUAACAUGUCAAAAGUCUCUACAAUACUAUUUUCCAUGAAAUGAUUGCAAAUCGUUGUUGCUCUCUGCUUCAUCCACUUCACCUACAAAGAAUUGUCAUUAUUUUAAAACUAGGCAUUAAAUGUCAGGCCGGUUCGUCUCCUCACUGGAGCCGGGGCAGUUUUAUAGGUAUGAGGAGCAGGCUCGGACAUCUCCAGCAGAAACCUCCUGCAUGUAGCCUUGCUGGGAAAUGGCAUGCAAGCUCCCAGAGCCCGUCUGGAUGCAUGGUGUGGUGGUGUUAGGAGACCGGGAGAGGAGUGAUUGUAUUGUUUGAGAGGUAUCUGUGACAGAAGUGCUUUGCCUGUGUAAUAUAGUUGUGUCCCGGUGAAGCCUUUCUGAUGUAGAUGUGGCUUCAGUCUGUAGGAUGGACACAGCAACCCUUUGAAACACAGAACUGCAAAUUGAUCUCCGUGUUGGUAAAAGCCAGCCACUGGCCAGCAGGUUGGAAGAGUAUAAAGGCUAAAAAGCCCACACAUUUUUUAAGUUGUUGGCCAGUCCUUGUUUUUUCUUCAGCAGCCACUUGUGUGUUUAUCCCCUCUCAGGCUGCCACAGUGCAUGUGCAGAAACGAAUGGCCACAAGCUCUCCUCUGUUUGUCCUCUCUUCCUGUACCUGUGAUGAACUCAGUCCCGGAAAGUGCUCACAGAUGUGCGUAGCUCAAAGCGAUCAGCCCAAAGUCCAUGUAAUUACUCGCCUUCAUAAAAUGACGUUUUUCCUGCCUGGCCACCACAAAAGUUCUCCCGUCAGAGUUUCGUCCUGCAGCAUACCUCUGCUGUGGGUGUCUGGGAGGAGAGAGCUCCUUCAGCUGCUUUCUCUGCAAGUACCAUGGUUUUCUUUUCAUUCCAUGCUAGGGACAAUCCACGAUUCCCAGUCAGGGGCUGUAAAGCCAAUAAUCCAUGACAGGAGACAUCCCAAGCUGGCAGUGUCAUGUUUUGAUUCUUUUUGUCAGGGAGGUGGAUUUUAUGGUGUUUUAUUAGAAGCCCCAAAGGAGAAAAUUAACAUUAAAUAUAGCAAAGGUACUUGCUUCUUUUUACAUUUUCAAACCAGUUUCAAACUGCAGCAGACUGGAAUACAGCAGGUUUUGCUCGUCCUCAUACAAAAUGAAGCUUUUAAUGCCAGGCAUGACGUCACUGUGCUUGCAUGUGCGACAUCCUCCGUUUUUAUCCCUUUUAGCUCUUCUCUAACUAGGGUGAUCCUCAGGGAUAUCACUUGGAGUCUCUCAUGGCUGGUAUGUUUUGACCCAUAUCUGAGUUAUUUUUCUGUGUGUCCGCUUAACUUAAGGAAUGAAGGCAUCCACUGAGAAUAAAUAAAAAUAGUGUUUUGAUUAUAAUUUGUUGAGAAAUGGUCAUGGUCUCAACUGACUUCCCUGAGAUUGUAGCAUGGCUGUCAGCGGCAGCAAAGCUGCAUUUCCUUUUUAUGUGGAGAGUGUAAUUUGAGUUUUAACUUUCUUUGAAGCAUAACCAUGAUCCAGCUAGUGUGCUCUUUCCCUAACAGUUACUGCCAACCAGGGGUUGUAACAUGGCACAGCUCCCUGUUGGUAUCUGUUGGUAUUCCAAGUAAAUAACAAAAUUAAGCAUUAAAGGUAUUAACUUAAAUCCAUUAAAGUAAUUCCUGGGAUUCUGUCAAGGUGUGUUUGCGUGUGUCAUGCCAGCUGGAACAAAUGUGUGUGGUGUUAGUUUAUUUUAUCUCCCGUGUGAACAUUCAUAGGCCUAGAGUUUGGUAGAUGUCAUUGUAUGGGGAUGUUGGAGGUAAGCGGUGAUUUGGGGGUUCUUAGGUAAAAGCUAGAAGAGCUGACCAUUUCCAGAACAUUGCAAAUACUUUUUAAUACUUGGUAGUAUCUGUUAGUGUGGUGCCCCGAGGUGGGAAUGAUGUGAACAAGGCCCUUGAAAGAUUAAUUCAAGAGAGUUCAAUUCCGGCAUUGCUGUCCUAAGGCAGUUCAGAAAUCGCCAUCCCAGCCCUCCCUCCCCAAAACACCAUGGCUUUACAGAUCAUAAGGUUGGGGGCAGGUUGUUGUUUUGUCCUUGUUUUCUUUCUUUUGGUUUCUUUUGUGUUAGGAGAGAGACACUUCAGGUUGUUUCAAGAAACACUGUGGUUUCAGAGUUAGGACAGCACUCAGCAAGCUGUUCUCUGUAACCCCGAGCCCCCCAAAAUGGCUCUGAAAUGAAAACUGAGGUCUCUGCCUGCAGGAGUUGCUGUUUUAUGUAAGCCAGCCAGUACCGUGAGCGUGUUGGUGCAACUGGGAGGCCUGGUCCAACAGGAGCACGUAGGGUGUCUGCAUGAGGUGUGUGAAAGAUCCUCUGUUGUUGGUUUUUUUUGUUUGUUUGUUUAGGGAGACUGAUGCAGGUAAGCAGAGGAGGUUUUGGUAUUGGUUAACAGGAGGGGGCUUGUUGGAAGUCCUCAUGGGGAUUUAAUCUGGUGGGUGUGGGGAGACUUCAGCGAGUUGUGACAACUUUCUGCAAGUAGCCACGGCCUGUGCCAGGGUGAUGGAAGCAAGGCCUUUUCAAGGAAUUCGGUGUCACACUGGUACUGAUCCUCCUCAUCAUAGCUCCAUCUCCUGCUUAUAUCUUUUCUUCUCUGUGGCCCCUGGCCAGACUUCCCAGCAAGGACACAAUCUAGUAAAAGCCGAGCCUGUUGACCAUCAGCUUGCCAUUCAAGUUAACUUUUGCAGACAUUUCAGGUGUCAU